AUGAUGGUGAUGGUGAUGAUGAAGGGCCAACCAGGAGAUGGAGGUGACAAAGGUGUCCCAGGCUCACAAGGACCCAGAGGAAUGCUGGGUCAGGACGGCAGAGACGGUUCUGGACCUGCAGGAUUUAAAGGUGUGAAGGGAGAUCCUGGUUUCCCUGGUUACCCCGGUCUCCUGGGUGAGGACGGCCUGAAGGGAACUGAAGGACAUCCAGGACGUAAAGGGAACCGAGGACGAGGCGGGAACUCAGGCAGGCCGGGAGAAUCAGGCGUGUCUGGAGAACCGGGAUAUCCAGGCUACAGGGGCCCCAGAGGUCUUCCUGGAGGAAAAGCCAUGACUGAGUGUCAGCUGAUCACCUACAUCAGAGACAACUGUGCGUGUUCCCUCG